AUAAACAGUUCCCAGUUCAACAGCAGGUGUCCCUCCGUACAUUUCAUUAUCUUGUUAUCAGUUAACAAGACGUUAGAGUAAAGUACCUCUGAUGGACAUCUAUUGUCAGUUCAUCGCACGGUCUCGUGGAACGUACAUCAAAAACAGGACUAUGACAGACGGAACUGUAAUGAUACAUGGAGGAGACCUCAUGAACGUCACCGUAUUGCCAUGGAACUUAACAGGUAACAUGACAACAACUACAAGGCCUGUUUGGGAAGUGGUACUGGACAAUGUGGCCACCGUGAUCAUGACUGUUAACACCAUCACUCUCAUGCUUGGUAUGGGCUCUGCCAUCUAUUUGAGAGAGCUCUGGGGGCACAUGCGACGGCCGAUCGGUGCUGUGGUCGGGAUGCUUGGCCAGUUCCUUGUGUUGCCGGCUACCGGGUUCGCUCUCUCCCUCGCCUUCGGUCUCCAGCCCUACGAAGCUCUGGGCGUCCUUAUGAUCUCCUGCAGCCCCGGCGGAUCCUUCUCCAAUUUCUUUACCUUCUGGGUUGAUGGCGAUUUGGCUCUCAGCAUCAUGAUGACCACAUGCUCCUCUCUGCUGGCGUUUGGCGGAAUGCCCUUUAAUCUGUGGCUGUACUCACGGCACUGGAUGAGCGACGACUCAACAACUCUCGUCAUCCCCUUCGGAAGCAUCAUCACCUCCCUUGCCUUCAUCACCGUGCCUGUUGUCAUCGGCAUGAUCAUCCGUCAUUUCCACGAGAAGGCUGCCAGCAUCAUCACUAAAGUUGGAUCACUUUUUCUUGUGCUUGGGAAAUAUGUCUAACGCGGGUUUACGUAAUCUAGAGACCUAAACAAAUGGGCAGGG